UGAAGGUACCUGUUCAUCCAACUAACCAUCCGGUUGCGCCCGUACGCAGCCACCGUUCGGACCGGGCGAGCAUCAUCCACGGCGGCCGGCCCCCAUGGACCUGCUGGCCAAGGACGCCCCCCGGCUUCGCGAUGGCGGAUGACCUCUUGCUCGAAAAGAUCCACGACCUGAGCGACUUGGAGCUGGCCAUCCUGCUCUGCCUGGUUAGCAGAGAGCAUGGCAUCAUCAGCACACCCGCAGACACCAUUGACGACCUGAUCGAAGAGCUGCAACUCGUCGCGCGCAAGACUUUCGGCCUCAGCUGCGUCGUCGUCAACUGCCACGCCGGCACCACUCUUGAGGAAUUCGCCUCGGCGCUCCUCCACCUCCCGAAGCCCGCCGCCGCCGCCGCCAGCGCGACGAGCACCCCCGCGCCGCGCACGCCGUCCCUCCAGACGCGCCCCGACUCGGCCAGCUACUUCGUCGCCAACCCGCACCACCCUCGCCCCUCGCGGGGCUCCAUCUCGCCGCUCACCGUCCUCACUGGCGGGCCGGGCGCCGCGCAAAUCGCAAACUGCGUCCUCGCGCGGAAUCUCGACCGCGCGCCGCGCGCCGUCCAGAUCCAGGCGCUUGAGCUGCUGCGCACGCGGCGCAUCUUCACGCGCACGUCCGUCCAGGCCGCCCCCAAGCAGUUCGUCUUUGUGCCCGUGCUGGAGGCGGACAGCGGCGGCGAGGCGCACGUCACGCCCCAUCUCAACGACUUCUUCUCCCUGGCGCACUGGCACGACCCCGAGGAUGGGCUAGUGAACCUCGAGGAAGCGGCUGAUGACGCGGCAUCCAUGGAAAGCGCGCUCAGAAGCAAGCAUCAAGAUGAGGGGUUGGCCGGCCCCUCCAUCUCCGAAUCGGAUAUUGGUCACUUGGCACAGCUCAGCCAGCAGGUCCAAGUAGACAUCGACGUCGUCCGCUACCAGAUGAACGUCGUCUCCUUCCUCCGAAUGCAUCGUGCCGUUGAUCAUGGCAUCACGCCGGCCGCCACAAAGCAUUUCGAGAAGCUCAUGCGGUGCCUUGCGCCGCUGCACAAGCUCGACUACGUGACGCCUGCACUCGUAGGGUUGGCCGCGAGGAAGGUCUAUCUGCACCGGAUCCGCAUCACGUCGCCGGCAAAAGAAAGGAGCAUGCAGUGGGGCAGUAAACUGGAGGCCGUGCAGUCCCUGCUCGAAGGCAUUGGCCCAGAAGAGGUCAUAGAGGAGGUGCUUGAAAUGGUGACGGCGCCGCUGUAGGCAUUUCGCCGGUGUAUUAGUCUAGCUGUAUAACCAUGCGCC